CACACACGCGCACACACAUACACACGUCUCCACACACGGCGUCUCCGCCCAGCCGCGCCCCCGCCCACCGCUCUCCACUAUCAGCACCGCGGACAGCGCCGCCCGCCUGCGUCAGUCCGGCCGCGCCGGGGUGUCUCCGGGGGAGGGUCCUGCGCGGCCGCUGAGCAGGCUAGGGCGCUUGGGUGCCUCCGCAGAAAGGACCGUAGGACCCCGCCGCCAUGUUUCCGGAGCCCCCAACCCCGGGGCCUCCAGCGUCCGACACGCCUCCGGACUCAAGUCGCAUCAGCCACGGCCCUGUGCCCCCCUGGGCCCUGGCCACAGUCGUGCUGGUCUCAGGCCUCCUCGUCUUCAGCUGCUGUUUCUGUCUGUACCGGAAGCGUUGUCGGAGGCGGUUGGGCAAGAAGAGCCAGGCCCAAGCCCAGGUCCACCUUCAGGAAGUGAAGGAGCUGGGCCGGAGUUACAUAAACAAGGUGCAACCGGAAGUGGAGGAGCUGGAGCCGGCACUAUCCGGGCCAGGGCAGCAGGUGGCGGAGAAGCACGAGCUGGGACGACUGCAGUACUCCCUGGAUUACGAUUUCCAGAGUGGCCAGCUGCUGGUGGGCAUCCUGCAAGCCGAGGGGUUGGCGGCCUUAGAUCUGGGCGGUUCUUCGGACCCCUACGUGCGGGUUUACCUGCUACCAGACAAGCGGAGGCGGCAUGAGACCAAGGUGCAUCGGCAGACGCUGAACCCACACUUUGGGGAGACCUUCGCCUUCAAGGUCCCCUACGUGGAGCUGGGAGGCAGGAUCCUGGUCAUGGCGGUUUACGACUUCGACCGCUUCUCCCGCAAUGAUGCCAUCGGGGAGGUGCGGGUCCCCAUGAGCUCCGUGGACUUGGGGAGACCCGUGCUGGCCUGGCGGGAGCUGCAGGCGGCUCCGAAGGAGGAGCAGGAGAAGCUGGGGGAUAUCUGCUUCUCCCUCCGCUACGUCCCCACUGCCGGGAAGCUCACCGUCAUCGUGCUGGAGGCUAAAAACCUGAAGAAGAUGGACGUGGGAGGGCUGUCAGAUCCGUACGUCAAGGUUCACCUGCUGCAGGGCGGCAAGAAGAUGCGGAAAAAGAAGACAACCAUCAAGAAGAACACGCUGAACCCCUAUUACAACGAGGCCUUCAGCUUCGAGGUGCCCUGUGACCUGGUCCAGAAGGUGCAGGUGGAGCUGACCGUGUUGGACUACGACAAGCUGGGCAAGAACGAAGCCAUCGGGAGGGUGGCCGUGGGGGCGGCCGUUGGCGGGGCCGGCCUCCGGCACUGGGCAGACAUGCUGGCCAACCCUCGGCGGCCCAUCGCCCAGUGGCACUCGCUGCGGCCCCCCGACCGAGUGAGGCCACUGCCUGUGCCCUGACCCCACCUUAACAGCCCUGACCCCGGACUCCUGGCCAGAGCCAUGCCCAGGCCCACCUUUACGUCUUCUCUGAGCACUACCCCACACCCCACCCCUCCACCCCAACCAUCUGGCCCACUCCUGCCGUCUCGCCCCCAUUAUGCCAAUCACGAUAACUUGCCAACUUCCCAGCACACACACCCAGGAGCCCCAGGGAUCCCUUGGGGAGGGGAGCAGUGUGGCCUCCCCCCAACCCACCCAGGGUCCCCCCGCUCUGCUCUGACAAUCAGUGAUCCCAUCGGACUGUCCCCUUUGCCCUACACAGGAUCAGCCAUCCUGUCCCAGUCUCAUUCCUGCACUGCUCCUCUCGGGCCAAAUAAAUACUCAGCAACUCGGUGGCCUGGCUGGGUGCUCCUUGUUGGGGGUGCGCAGGGGCCAGGCCGGGGCCCAGGAGGGAACCUUACCUCCAGG